CAAGGUACUUACUGGAAUGCCAUCUAGUGAUCAGCAUUUUUUGCUUAACUUCAUCAUGAGCACUUACUUGGGCCCUGAUGUCUACUCUGAUAACCCAAGGCAUUCAGCUUUACAAAGAUUGGCCGAAGUUUAGUCACCGUAUACUUCAAACAAUCUGGGUCCUUCAUUUAUUAGCAUUUCUCAGUUGGAGAGUUUGUACUACUAUGUCCUGAGGCAUGCUCAUCCCGGGUUGGUUCUAGAACCAAACAUGCCGCAUUCAUAUCUACAAGGCAACUUACAUUUGUCAAGCUCAGAGUUAUUAGAGGACUUACGCCAGUUCACAAGUUUUUUCCCACUAGAUAUUCAUGAACAUAAAAGAUACUCAGUAAAUGAUCAGAUCAUCAAAGGAAUUGUUCUUAUUGAUGAUCCAGUUACAUCUCACAUGAGGGAAGAUGUUGAAAGGUUCAAAUAUUUAUCUGGUGUAGCUGAUUUGAAGAUUGACAAAAUCAAAUCUUUGUCAUAUGAACAUGGCUAUCAGAAAAGCAAAGAUGAUCAGAACAGCAUGAUAAACAGUGAGGAGAGAAUUGUUGGAUAUAUUACCAACGGAACCGGUAAUGCAUCAGAAAAGUUUCAAGAAAACAAUAUGAGAAGGUACCAGUUGAACUCUCUGCCAAUGUCAGCUUUCCCCCCUGUCAUGUCCAUGUUAAAACAUCUCGGUGAAGGAGCAUUCAAGAGAACCUGUAAAAGGGAUGGACCUGCCUUGAUGCCCCUCAUAACUGUUCCAAAUGUGGACCAAUGUUUUUCAGAUGCAUCCAUUAUCUUAAAUGGGACUGCUAAAAUGGGGAUAGCUGGACCACCUAUUGGUGUUUUAGACAUUGGUGUCAGCAAAGUUGCAUACUUCUUCGGAGUUGCUCUGCCUGGAGUUAGGAAGGAUUAUUGCGAAUUCAGUUGUGAGAUUGAGUCCAACGGUAAGGUUCAUCUCCAAGGAUCAACCUCUGGUGGAGGGACUAUUAAGAAACGAUCCCGUGUGUUCCAUAUGACAUUCAAGCAAUUGUGCCGGGCUGGACCCUUUACACUUUCGUUCAGCCUGCCAGGACCCGUUGAUCCAAGACUAUUCUCACCAAACUUCAGACCCAAUGGCAUUUUUGAAGCUGUUGUGAUUAAACACGAGUCUUAGUACACGGCGCUUGAAGAGUUAAAAUAUGCAGGUAGUUCAAGAAUUGGUGAAGGCGGAGUGUAGUUAUUUCCUGAAGAAUUUUGCCUUGUACCAUUUACUCAUUCAAUCGCCAUGUAUGUGUAUUUUGCUAACAUGAUUUUUUUUUAUUUGAAAAGCAUAUUUUGCUAACAUGAUAUCUCUAACUGAAGGGGAAAAUGAAAGUUUCUUUAUCAGUUUGUGCAGUUUCUCUGUUAAAUCUCUUGACAUAGAAAGAAAAAUUGCCUGGUUAAUGACACUAUUGGCGGUAGCCGUGCAAUGACUAGUAAUGAAGUGGGUCGCCGGAAAGACAAGAAAGUCAACAACCACCUGGAAGUGGUGGUGGUGAACUUGAAAAUAACAGUGGGUGCAGGCUGAGAAACAUUAAAACUUAAGCUUUUAACACUUUACAUAUGUCGGAGUUCGGAUGAGGGGUGAAACCGUCAUUGAGACAUGCAAGAAAUGAUAAAGUCAAAGUAGAGGUGGGGCCGCACUUUUGACGUGGAGAUCCUAGUCGGAUGUGUUUUCCUAAUGCUGCUACUAGUUAAUAUUUAGGUGGUAACCACAAGUGCAAAGCGCGAAGCAAUUGAUUCGAGAGGAGAGGACUCUACCGCAGCUAGCCGAAGGGCCGCCGAGCGCCUCCUCAUCCUUUCUUCCUCCGCUCAUAAAGUAGACAGAUCUUGUGGUUGACGUGUAUAAAAGGACGUUGAUAUCAUGGGUGUACCUGUUGUAACAACUGAAUCUGCAAAAGAAUGUGAUGGUGGACCAGCUAUUGGUGUUAUUGAGCUUGGUGUCACUCCAAGCGCCUUCCUUUUCCGAGUUGCAUUGCCUGGUAUCAGGAAUGAUCUAAGUAAGGUGCAAUGUGAGGUCCAAUGUGAUGGAAAGGUUCUUAUACAGGGUAUUGUAACAGAAGGCACUGGACUGACACAACAAUCAGUGAGCAUAUGCCAGACGAAAGUUCAGCAAAUGUCCUCUCCUGGGCCGUUCACCAUUUCCUUUAAUCUGCCUGGACCAGUUGAUCCCCGAUUAUUUUCUCCUAGGUUCCGUCGUGAUGGCAUUCUGGAAGGGGUGGCUGUGAGAUUCAUUAGGCCAAGUGAUCCAGCCAAUGGCUGGUCCCUACCUUUUUGAGAUCUUUGGAAAAACCUGUUUUUCUGAAAGUGGUUGCCGUCUUCUUUUUCUUCUUCUUCUUCUAUAUAGAUUGAUGGAUUGAAACAGGCUGCUGUUUUAAAAUGUGAACUGUACUGUCAAACGCAGAAUUUUCAUAUCAGCUGAUCGAUUGGCCAAUUGCUCUACUUGAACAAGCUAGAAAUGAUUUUCGGGGCUUGACUGUGUAGUGCUGCCAACUAAAAACACCGGGCAAGUCUUAGCCCAAAAUGCUACUCAUCAAGGUUGAUCAUUGAUGUGAAUUUAUGAUUAUCAUUAUAUUUGGCCUACAGGGGGAGGGAAUUGAGCAUUGGACUUCCCCAAGAGCGUUAA